AUGUCAGAUCAAUCGCCGUUCGAUGUGGACGUAUGGACGCUCACGCGCUUUGUCAUGGAGACGGGUCGCCAAGCCAAAGGGGCGACGGGAGAGCUGACCCAGUUAAUUAACUCCAUGUUGACAGCUGUCAAAGCAAUCUCUUCCGCCGUGAGGAAGGCAGGACUCGCUCACCUGCAAGGCCUUGCGGGGAAAGUCAACGUGACGGGGGAUGACGUAAAGAAACUAGAUGUUCUGUCUAAUGACCUGGUUAUAAACAUGCUCCAGGCCUCAUACAGCACCUGUUUAUUGGUCUCAGAGGAGAAUAAGGAUGCAGUAAUCAUCCCCGCCCAAAAACGGGGCAAAUACGUGGUGUGCUUUGAUCCACUCGAUGGAUCCUCCAACAUAGACUGUCUGGCUCCAAUAGGCACCAUCUUUGCCAUUUAUAAAAGGACAUCCGAGGGAGAGCCAACAGAGAAGGACGCCCUACAGCCUGGAAACCAGAUCGUAUGCGCGGGGUAUGCGCUGUACGGCAGUGCCACACUGGUGGCCCUCAGCACCGGAGCAGGUCUCAACUUCUUCAUGCUUGACCCCGCUGUGGGUGAGUUCAUACUCAUAGAAAGAAAUGUCAAGAUCAAGAAGAAAGGAAAGAUCUACAGUGUGAACGAAGGCUAUGCCAAGUACUUUGAGCCUGAUGUGAACGAAUAUCUGAAGAGCAAGAAAUAUCCACCGGAUGGUGGAGCCCCCUAUGGUGCCAGGUAUGUGGGAUCCAUGGUUUCUGACAUUCACCGCACUAUUGCAUACGGAGGAAUCUUCUUGUAUCCUGCAAAUGAGAAGAGUCCUAAAGGAAAGCUGAGGCUGCUGUAUGAGUGUAAUCCCAUCGCGUUCCUGAUUGAGCAGGCCGGGGGUAUAGCUACCACAGGCACUCAGAGGGUCCUGGACGUGGUACCUGAGGCCAUCCAUCAGCGCGUGCCUUUUGUUGUGGGUUCCCCUGACGACGUGGAGGAGUAUCUUUCUUACGUCAAGAAACAUCGCAAAUAA